AUGAUGUGCUGUCGCAAAGCCUGUAUCGUCGCAACCCGGAGCUGCUCCCGACGCUCUAUCAAAUCCUGCACGGCGCACAGGACCCUGACCUCAAAUCCGAUGCCCUGAGCUGCCUCCGGAACUUGUGCAUUGACGAAGAAUCGUGCCUCAAGAUCCUGGCCCUCGGAAACCCAAAGUUGAUGGAUCUGCUUCUCACGGGCGAGGCGAACCUGCGGCGCGGAUGCAUGUCGAUACUGCGCAACCUGGUACUGCAGAACUUGCAGUGCUUCAACGAGUUCUUCAAGACCGAGGGCUUUGUCUCGGAAAUCAUUGCCGAUGUGGCCUCGCGGGACCUGAACCUCCAGCGCUUUGCGAUCGAGAUCGUCAAGGGCUACCUCGACACGGGCACAGACUCGAUCCUGCAGGCCUUUUAUGAGGCCGACUCGAUGCCCGCCCUCCUGGUCCCGCUCGAGACUGCCAAUUCGAACCGCGAGAUUGCCGGCAUUUGCUUCAAGAUCCUGCAGAAGUUCGAGAGCAAGAUUCACGCCGGGAAGAACCCAUGGGUGCGGGUUUGGGCCGAGUGGAAGGCCCAAGACGACCAGCGCCGUGCCGAGCUGCGGGAGAAACGAAAGGCUGCCAGGGAGUUGAAGAAACAGCGGCGCGAGGAGAAGCAAGCUGCCGAAGGCAAGGAUAGUUCUGGGGGCAAGUCACCCAAAAGGAAGCCCAAAGGCGGCGGCCCAUCCAAGGGCAACCUCAAAUCCAAAAGCAGCGCAAAGCCCAAGAAAUCCACCCCCAAGAAGGGCCCCAAGCCCAAAGCCCCGCCAACGACGACCCCCAGGAGCCCAAAGAGCAGAAGUGACUAGUGUGGCGUGGGCGAACCCUCGCUUUGCUUGGUCGUCUCGUGUGUGCGCAUAUGUACUCUGCCUGCUGCUAUUCUGAGUCCCUAAUAGAUACGCUCAUCCGUCCGUCUGUUCAUCCAUCCAUCUGCUCAUGAUAUCAAUGUGUCGGUCGAGUUUUGUCCAUGGAUGUAUUAUGGGAGGUGCCCAGUAACCAACAGCCAC